CCCACACACCCACCCAUACCCAUACCCAUGCCCUGCCCUUGUCGCCGAUUGCCAUUGGGACCAUGGCUAGUCCAGCCCACGUACAGUCCACACCACCCCACAUCCCGUCCGAGACUCCCAGUCCCAAGCUCCGUCCGUCCGUCCGUCCGCGGCAGAGGUGCGGCGGGCAUUAGCAUUAGCAAGCAAGCGAGUAAGCAGGCUCUCCGCAAUCCGCACCAAAACGUCAUAGGCAGCGUGCAACCCCGCCCAUCGCCCAUCAGAACAACACCAACACCAACAACCAGCACCAACAUCAACCAGCCCCAAACCCAGCCCCGAACGCAAGUCCAAACCCACGCCCACCGAAAGCACAGGGCGCCGGUGGCUGGCUGGCUGGCAAGUCCAAGCACCUACCCACGCACGCACGGUGUGGCUCGCCAGCGCGCCGGGCUCGGCAGCGGCACUCGCAAAACCAAAGACCAAAGCUCUCGCCAGCGCGCGCCUCUGGCGCCCGCCCUUUCGUGAUCGGCGCCCGGGGGGGGGCCACCUGCGCCUGCGCGCCCCACCCCACCCACGACCGACCGACGAUGGCCAUGAUGGAAGAGCCCGUACGGCCACGUGAGCAAGCAAGCUCGGGCGUGCUUAUCCGUGCCCACGCCCACUGCAGGUGCAGGGUGGGUUAGUGCGUGCGAGGCUGCGAGGCUGCGCUUAAUGAAUGGGGCUGGCGGCUGGCUGGUUGGCUUGGUCUUUGUCGACGUCGUUGUCGGUGUCGUCGUCUUUCCAUGUGGUUGUGAUGUGAGGGGGCGCGCUGCUUGGGGCGGGGUGGGUACGGAGAGGGAUAGGGCUGGGCUGGGAAUCGGAAUUGGACUGGGAAUGCUGCUACCUUUGGGUAUAGGUAUGGUGUUGUGGUUGACGCAGACAGACAGACAGAUAGACAGAUAAACGGUAGCGCGUCGCGUCGCAGCAGCCAA